AUGGCGACCGAGAAGACGAUGAAGGCGAUCGCGUACAAGUCCUACGGCGGCCCCGAGGUCAUGGACAUCCUCGACUUCCCUGUCCCCCAGCCCGGCCCCUCCGAGGUUCAAGUCCGCGUCACUGCGGGCGGCCUCAACCCCCUCGACUACAAGGAGCGCGACGGCGCGCUGAAGCUCGCGCUUUCCUUCCCUUUCCCCGCCAUUGCCGGAAACGAGUUCAGCGGCGUGAUCACUGCUGCAGGCGCGAACGUGACCCAGUUCUCCGUCGGCGACGCCAUCAUCUGCCGUAUCCAGAAGGACCGCAUGGACUCGUUCGGCGAGUACGUCGUCGUCCCGGCCGACAUCUGCGCCAAGGCCCCGACGGCUGUCACGCUCGUCGAGGCUGCUGGUCUGCCCCUCGCCGGCCUCACGGCUCUCCAGGCCUUUGAGCACAUGAACCUCCAGGCGGGCGAGCACGUCCUCAUCACCGGUGGAUCUGGCGGUGUGGGCCAGUUCGCCAUCCAGCUCGCCAAGGUCAAGGGCGCGACCGUUACUACCACCGCCUCCCCCGCUGGUGAGAAGUACGUCAAGGCCGCGGGCGCAGACCACGUUAUCAACUACCGCACCGAGACGAUACCGGCGGACAGCUUCGACAAGUGCUUCGACACUGUCGGCGGAGACGCGCUGCACACGCAAGUUAUUCCCAGCAUCCACAAGGGCGGCAUCGUGAUCUCGGUCAGCGGCCCUCCGACGCCGGGAUGCCUCGACUUCCUCCUGCCCUGGUGGAAGCGCCCCCUCGUCAACGCGGCCCUGUACGCUGCGUCGUGGAGCGCGUCGUGCGCCGCCUCCAAGGCCGGCGUCAAGUACGAGUACUUCUUCAUGGUGCCCUCUGGAGAGCAGCUCACGUACCUCGCCAACCUUGUUGACGACUCGAAGCUCAUGAUCAACGUCGAGGCGAUUCACAAGUUUGACGACUUCCGCGAGGCGUACAAGACGCUCGAGAGCGGACGGGCCAAGGGCAAGGUCAUCAUCGACUUUUCCAAGUAG